AGUCAUCAACACAUAACUCGUAAUGGUUGUUCUAUUUGAACUUUCAGAAGGAUCUUCAUCUUCUUCACCAACACAUGGCCAUAGUUCAUCAACUUAUGGUCCUAGCUCAUCAACUCAUGUUAAUAGAUAUGACGUGUUUUUAAGUUUUAGAGGUCUUGACACGCGUCAUAGUUUCACCGAUCACCUUUAUAAGGCCCUCAUUGAGGCCAAUAUCAGUACCUUCUUGGAUGAUGAAGAGAUUGAAACAGGGGAAGAUCUGAAACCGGAAUUAGAGAGUGCAAUUAAGGCAUCUCGGGGUUCUAUUAUCGUGUUGUCCAAGAACUAUGCCACUUCAACAUGGUGCCUCGAUGAAUUGGUGCUGAUCCUUGAGCAGCGUAUGGCAUCCAACCAUAUUGUCAUCCCAAUCUUUUAUCAUGUGGAGCCCACACGUGUUAGGAAGCAACAAAGUAGCUUUGGUGAUGCAAUGGCCAAUGGAUGAAGAGAUAGACGAAAAUAAAAGAAGACUAUGGGCUCAAAGGAUGGAUAGAUGGAAUAAAGCACUUAUGGAAGUUGCUAAUUUAAAGGGAAAUGACGUAAAUGGCAGGUUUGAGACGGAGUUUAUUGAAGAAAUUGUGAAGGACAUCUACCGUAGAUUACAUGUACCCUUACGGAGUGUUCGAACACUAUUUAUUGGGAUAGAUUAUUCCAUUAACUUCAUCACAACAUGGUUGAAAGAUGGAUCCUCACAUACGGCAGACAUACUCACUAUUUAUGGUAUAGGCGGGAUCGGGAAGACAUCUUUAGCGAAACAUGUUUAUGGGCUAUACUGUCGGGAAUUCCAUGCAAGCAGCUAUAUUGAAGAUAUCACUAGGAAAUGUGAUGGAAAGUUUAAUGGGUUGCUCGAUUUACAAGAACAACUCUGCAACGACAUUUCAAAGACAAGUUCAAUUAAAGUUCAUGAUGUUUCAAUAUACACAACAAAGAUAGAGAAUGCACUCGCCCGUAAAAGGGUGUUUCUAGUUCUUGAUGAUGUUAGUACCCUUGUUCAGUUGGAUGCAUUACUUGGAAGCAAAGGUUUUCAUCCCGGAAGCAAAAUUAUAAUAACAACAAAGGACAGAUGGUUAACAACAAGUUGUGCACUAUUCAAAACAAACAUUAAACCCAAGCAUGGAAUGCAUUUGCUUCGAGGCUUAGCAGGUAUUGCAUCGCAACAACUUUUGUGUUCCCAUGCAUUCAUGUGCAACCAACCUAUGGCAGGAUAUGAAGAGGUGUCUGAUAAGCUUGUUAAGUAUUGUGAGGGACAUCCAUUGGCUCUCGAAGUUUUGGGAAAGUCUCUACAUAAUCGAGAUGUAGCUUAUUGGGAAGGGUGCGUCGAAGGGUUAAAGAAAGAAAUCAGUUCUCCUAUAAAUAAUGUCUUAAAAAUGAGCUUCGACUCCUUGCCAUCCAAAAAUGAUAAAGACUUGUUUAAGCAUAUUGCUUGUUUUUUUGUUGGAAUAGAUAGAGAUGUUACUGAUACAAUAUUAGAGGCAUGUGAUAUAAACACAAGAUCCGGGAUCACGAAUCUCAUUGAUAGAUGUCUUCUUAGUAUAUUGACGGGAUAAUGAAUUGACGAUGCAUCAAUUGGUUCAAGAGAUGGGAAGAUUUGAAGUUCGUCAAGAAUCACCUGACAAGCCAUGGAAGCGAAGUCGAUUAUGGUGUCACAAGGAGUCAUUCAAAGUAUUGAAACACAAAAAGGGUAAGGGAAACCUUCUAGGCCUUGCCCUUGACAUGCGCAUGCUUGAGAAAGAGAAGUUGGUUGUUAUAUUAAUCCACAACGACUUGAAAAGAGACAAAAGUUGGAUGGGUCGUGCUCUAAAGACAAAAGACGGCCCCCACUAUGAAGAUCAAAAGGAAGAGUGUUGGUUCAGAGCUUUUUCUCAAAAGAAUCCUGGCAUAAUUGGUAGAGCACGGGAGGGUAAGGGGGAAUCUUCAAGGUCUCAUCCUUCAUGA